AUGUCGGAUUUGGAAAAGGUUACUGAGCCCUUUGAUGUGGCAGAAUUGAAUGAGUCUUACAGUGAGGCUCAAGGGGAGAAGGAGAUGGAGUCGGAUCUUCCUAUAUUAAUUGAGGACUUAGAUGAGGAAGGAGAGGCUAUGGAGUUGGGAGAGGUUAAAGAUGACGUCAAACUCUAUCAAGUGGUCCCCCUGGAUCACUGUUCUCCUGGUGAUUCUUUCACGGUUACUUUGCCAAGGUCUGCUGUGGACCUGGCCAAAAAACUUUCUUCGCUUUCUGAGGCCAGUCUUCAGCGCAUUGGGGAUUUUCUUCCAUUUCUGGAAAAUGAGAAAAAUGCUCAAAUUGGGAGGGAUGGUCUUAAGGCUGAACUCGACCGUCUUCAAAAGGAGUCUCAACAGUACGCUGAGCACAUUUCUUCUCAAAAACGUAUUUUGCAGAAAUAUGUUUUAGAGGAGAAAGAGAUUUCUGAGAAGCGGGAGAAUUUAGAAGAAUGUGGGGAGGUCAUGGCAGAGUUACAUGAACGGGAGGAGAGUCAACUGCUUCAAGUAGAGGCUUCCAUGAGGCGCCAGAUGGAACGUCAUUCAGGCGUUUUUCAAAGCGCUCUUAGUGGAAUCCCCCAGGUUUAUCUGGCUGAGGGGAUAGAACUUACAACUGGGGAUCUUCAGGUGUGGACGGUUGGUGAGACUAAGGUCUUUUUGGGGAGCGUGGAGGCCAUUCAAGAGUACUGGAUGGAAGAUGCCAAGUUUGCGGCGACUCAGCGAUGUAACAAACAAUCAAUGAUUAAUUUACUAAAGCAGUUGAAGACCCCUGACAAUCUGGCCGCUGCUAAACAUCCCCGCACAAAUGAGGAGAGCUCUGUUGUUGAGGACUCUCAGGCUUUAGAUGCCUUAUCAAAAAGAGUGAAGACAAAGGGUUCUGCGCCUCUUCAAGUAACGUCAGCUUCAGUUAAAAGAGAAGUAAAACAAGGGGCUUUCGGUUUUGACAUGGAGGAGGAGCUUCUGGAUUUGCUGAAUCCUUGGCAUUGCUAUCAUCCCUUCAGAGGGAGCCUAUUCAAGCCAGAGGAUCCAAUUGGGUAUAAGCGCAACGUGUUCAAGCGCUUUGGUUUGGACAUACAGAAGUUGGACAAAGAUUCAAAGCAUUUUCUUCCGGUUCCGGGUUGCGUGCUUCAUGCUGCAGCUAUUUGCUUUGGGUUGGAGUGGACCCAGUGUCUGAACAAAACUUGGGGGGCAUUCGCUUGUGCUGGUAGCUGCCCAUAUUGGCUGGACAGUGGGAAAACUGCUCCAGGGAUUCCCCCAGGACUACCUCAUCAUCAUUCUACGGAUCAUGGUCCCAAGGAGUGUUUUGGGAAUGGACCUUUCCAUAUCAACCCGGCAGUUAUUGGAUCGGGAGGUGAUCCUUUCAGGCAGAUGGACAAGAUCUUAAGUCAGAAGAUGUUCCUGGAGGUCUUCUCUGCGGACUUCUUGUGCUCGGACCCCAAGAGAGCUGUGUCUGGACGUUUCGUCAUGGGAUCAUCAGUUCGAAUUGGAAACUCCUCUCAGAGAAAAUUCAUAAUAUCAAAAGUAGGGGACAAGGCCUGGGUUGUGGGAGAGGGAGGUAUGACAGGUAAGAUGUUAGGUCCUUGGUCAAGGAAGUCGUUAGAAGAAGUUUUACCCUUGUCGGCGGCAUUGCCUGCUAUGACAACCCUAACAGGGGUUGUUUUACUCUCUGGUCUAGCUACUCCAUGA